ACCGCUUGUUGCCUCGAAGCAUAACACCAUCACGUUUGGGGAGGAAAACGAAACCUUUGAGCAGUGAUCGGAAAAUUUAAGAAUGAGCGACUGGUCGAGUGGUCUCUGUGGCUGUUUCGAAAAUGUUGGAAUCUGCAUCAAGGCGUAUUUCUGCCCAUGCAUCGUUGCAGGGCAAGUUGGUGAAGCUCUUGGAGAAGGCUGCUUUUACCACGGUUUCUGCUCCUUAAUGGGGCCGAUUGGAAUAUACUGCGGGGCGCAAAACCGUGGAAAACUCCGGGCGAUGUAUCAGAUUCCGGGUACAUUUGUUAACGACUGCCUGGUUCACUGGUGCUGCCCAGUGUGUUCAUAUGCUCAAGAAGCCAGGGAAAUUGCAUCCCGUAUGCCGGCUGGUGGCUCCAUAGCAAGGUCCUAAAACCAAGGCUUCUGUUGGCUGUGUGUUAAAACUGUGUGUUAUCUACUUCUAUCAGUGUUUCAGGGGAACUUGAUUCUCUAUUAUCUGGGUAUUACAGAACUUUGUAUGGUUCGCCGCGAGUGUUUUUGUUUUAUAGUUAUUAAAUGAUGAUAUAACACUGAGUUUAUAUUAGUCACAGGAUGCAAGGCUGUUGUAGCGCCUAGUCUUUUCUUUAGGAAUAGGCAGAUUCGCCUUGUGGAUUCGCCUAGGCAUGUUCAUACAUAUCAAGUACAUAGUGUAACUGAUAAGCUUCUGAUUCAUUACCUUGAAAUGCCAGAUCUGACUCAAAUAGAUCCUCUUCAAAAGAGGCGACCGAAAUUGAAUUUAACGAUUUAAGAUGAAGCUCUCUCGACGAAUGACAAUUUGAAAAAAAUGUAACCUUAAGGCGUUGUCCAAGUCAGGAUAGGGGGAUAUUUCAAGUAGGUCAAAUUAAAAAAAAAAUAAAAAUAAAGGGAAAAAGGGCCUGGAAAUUCAUGACAACUACACUGUAUGGACAUCUUUUGACAUUUUCCUUCCAUGUCUCUUAUCGUUUGAAUUGGGAUUAAAAUUUCUUGGAUAAAGUAAAAAUUUAUUUUGACAAAUCUCCGUAAUGUAAUCCCAUGGGGAAUGGUUUUGUUCUUGUUUGUUUUUUUCAUAUCGUUUGAAUUAUAAUUAAGAUUUCUUGGAUAAGGUAACAAUUUGUUUUGACAAAUCUCUUUAAAAUAACUCCAUAGGGAGUAGUUUUCUUUAUGUUUGUUUUUUUCUUUUGUCUGUUUUUGUUUUCUUGUUGUUGUUUUUUUUUUUACUGACCUCGUAGUGCAGUUUUUAUCAUUGGUCUUUGUUUCCAGUCGCCAUUUUGAGGAGGGUCUAUUAACCCAUUCACUCCCAAGAUCUCAUUAAUAAUUCUCCCUAUUAUCUACCAUACAAUCCUCAAAAAGUUGGUUCAGAGAAUUUGGCAUUGGAUCAACUAAGAGUCCCCUGAUUGAUGUUUCUUUAUUCUCGUCACUUGUCUUCUUGAUAUUGUAUUGAUAUUGUGAGGAGAAAUUCUGUCUUAAUCACUAAUGGGAGUUAAAGGGUUUACUCGUGUUCAGACUUUCACGGCUCACUUUCUUUUCACUUGAUUUUUGUUGUAACCAGAAUUUUCUGACCAGGAAGCCGUUACAUUGCGACGGUUUCGACUUUUUUAAGGUCGCGUGAAACUACCCAAAUAAACUAAUCAUUUCACUCGA